AUGGACUGUGCCUUGUCACUUUUUCUGGGUUUGUUUAUCAUACCUGUCUCUUGUGAUUUUCCUCCUGGUUCUUGUGAUGGAUACACUGAGAUAAAUGAACCAUGGCGGAACCUAGCCUUUGCAUCUACCCCUUUUACUGGUUAUUCCCAAAAUGAUGCAGAUUUUCUUGGCAAAUGGUUGCGCUUUACGGGGAUUGGUGGAGACACAGUUGUUACAUCCUGUGUAACAGUCCAAACUGCAAAUGGGGGAUGCAUUUGCAAUGAUGGAUAUGAAAUGCCUCCAGACUCCCUGCCUACUUCAACAUCAUAUGGCUGUAUUGAUAUUAAUGAGUGCACAAGGACUCAAGGAAUUUGUGGUCAUAAUACCAACUGUCACAAUACAGUUGGGUCCUACAGUUGUAACUGUUGGGAAGGAUUUCAACUACCAAAGCCAAUACCAAAAAUUAAAGUGACCCCUGGCUGUGAAGAUAUUGAUGAAUGUCUUAGUGGUGUCUGUGGGCCAUACGGGACCUGCUACAACAACAUAGGAAGUUUUGUGUGCAACUGCUUUGAAGGCUUUAGGGCUGAUUAUAUAAUGUCCCCUAUUUGCCAAGAUAUUGAUGAGUGUUACAACUCAACGAUAUGUGGUCCAUAUUCUAUCUGCCAAAACCUGCCUGGAAAUUACUCCUGUAGCUGUAAGGUGGGUUUUGAACCAAUGGAUAUAACUAAGCAACCCAAUGAGACCAACGUCUGUAUUGAUAUUAAUGAGUGUACCCUACCAGUGUGUCGUACAUGUAUAGACAUCUGCGGACCAAAUUGUAACUGCUCAAAUGCAAUUGGAUCUUACUUGUGCACCUGUAUCCCUGGUUAUCGGAUUAACAACCCAGCCUUUAUAGCCAGCUAUUAUAACCCAUGCAGAGAUAUUGACGAAUGCACUGAGACACCCGGUAUAUGUGGUAAAAUGACUGUGUGCACUAAUGUACCGGGUACCUUUUACUGUUCCUGCCCCGAUGGAUUGUUCCCCACAACUGGAAUCGUUGCCUGGAUAUUGAAUGUCACAUAUUGUCAAAGCGUUGAAGAUGCUCUAAAUAAAGUUCCAGUCAAAGAGGGUCUGACAAAAGAAAUAUCGUUCAUCAGCAAUAUGCAAGAUGACCUGAAAAACAAUACAGGUGCCUUCAUACCAGAAGCGACGGUAGCCAACAGCUUUGCUGCAUCUAUGGCCGUGUCCGGUGUUGGACCACGAGCCACACAAAGCAAGGUGAGUAGUGAAGGAGAUCGGGCGACGGGCAACGCAAUUCUUGACCUUUCAGAGUAUAUCGUUGUUGCAAUGACUCCACAUACCGAAAACCAAACCAAAAAAGAAGUGCACUCUUCAACAGUGGAUCUGAGCCUGCUGGCCAUUGGUCCAGGGAGUAAGGAUAACUGGAAUACCUCCCUCUCUGCUAAUGGAAAUACCAUGGACUUCAACUUGCAGGCUAUAGCUCAUGCUAACAAUGGAUCUGCAACAGCUGCUUUUAUGACACUGAAUGGGAUGGAGAGUCUUCUCAGUCAUCAGUAUUUCCAAACAGAGAAAAAGACAGAUAUGUGUUCGGAUGUUAUCACAGCCAUACUACCAGUUAAUAACACUAACCUCACAGAGCCUGUCAACUUUACUAUCUACCAUAGGAAGGAAGUACCAGAAACAGGAACAGUCAGUUGUGUUUACUGGAAAACCACAGAAACUGUAGGAGGAAAGUCUAUGAGCUGGUCAGAGGAAGGCUGCUGGGUUGCAUUCUCUAAUGAAAACUAUACAAUCUGCAGCUGUUCUCACCUUUCUACAUUUGCCCUGAUCAUGCAGAUUGGGGAGCCUACACCAUCAAAUCCUUUUUUAGAGUGGCUGAACCGGAUAUGUGUGAUUAUUGGACUAUUCUUCUUGGCUUUGGCCAUCUUUACCUUCCUUCUGUGCAGCUGGAAUCCCAAAAUUAACAACACCGCCCGUCUCCACCUCUGCCUCAACCUGUUUUUUUCACAACUGCUCUUGUUGUGGAAUGACAAAUACACUGAUAAUAAGCUGGCCUGCACUGUCUUGGCAGGGUUUCUCCACUUCUUAAUUGUUGCCAGUUUUGUGUGGAUGUUGCUGGAGGCACUACAGCUCCACUUGUUGGUACGGAAGCUCUCCCAGGUGCAAGUCAUCCGACGAGAUGGCCUCCCCAGGCCAAUUCUCUACCUUGUUGGCUAUGGUGUUCCAUUUGUAAUAGUGGGUGUUUCUGCACUAAUUUACUCUGAUGGAUAUGGUGUUACCUCCACAAAUGUAUGCUUUCUCUCUACAAAGCGACAUUUCAACUGGGCUUUAACAGGACCUAUUAUUGCUGUCCUAGCAAUCAACUGGUUAUUGUUCCUUGCUACUCUCUGGAGUCUGAGACCCACUUUGGCCAACAUGAAGAGUGAUGUUUCUCAAUCCAAAGACACCAGGUUGAUUAUUUUCAAAAUCGUGGCACAGUUUGUCAUACUGGGCUGUACAUGGAUUCUGGGCCUGUACCAGUCAAACCUUUUCUUCCAGGUCCUCUUCAUCAUCCUCAACUCCCAGCAGGGCACAUUCCUGUACAUCGUACACUGUCUGCUAAACAAGGAGGUGCGAGAGGAAUACAUUAAAUGGCUGACAUGCUCUAUUGGAAAAGAGACAGCUGAGGAAAAAGAUGUGGGUUCGGUCACUGAAGAUUUCGACAAGCCUGAGAACCAAAACAAUGAAGGGAAGAAGGACCACUAAUCCUAAUGAAGUGAGCAACGCUAAAACAGACAGCGCUAUAUGUAUCGAGUUAUUAUCCGUGCUUUUUCUUAAUUCCAUUUUAUUGUGUCUAGAAAGUUAACUGUAGCAUAGCAUAUUAGCUUAUUAGCUUAGCAUAUUGAUCUGUAUCAUUGUGUCUUUUAGGGCCCUAGCUUGCUAUUUUAACUGCUAAAGAAAAAUAUAUUUUUAAUUAAACCUGAAUGCAGUGACUGCUAAAGUAAUGCUCUUUCACAAGCAAUUAUUUCUAGGUGUGUUUAAGUUUUAUUAGCUGUAUGUUACUGUACUAGCUGUGCUAUAUUACAACAGUAUAUGUCAUGUUAACACCAUCAGUUAGGCCUGUUAUUAUUAUUAUGCUGUAUAGAUUUGAAAUGUAGCUAACAUAGCAGUAGAAUACCAGUCUGACAGCCAUACUGAUUUUCUCACUCACUGACUAAACAGACCAUCUCUGUACCUAAUUUGCUUGGGUCUGGGAGCUUUCGCAAACAUCUUGCUACUCACACCCUCAGAGAGUCAGGCUUGAAAAAACAAAACCUCCUACAAAU